ACAUUAGUUUGUUAACGACUGUGGAAUUUAAAAAAGCAACCGGACUGCUGGUUGGCUUUGUUGGCAGCGUACUGAUUGGAUAGGAGGAAUCCACAGACUCCUCUGUGAUUGGCUGAAGGGGGAAAUUUGAAAUGUUUCACUGGGUGGGUCUUCGUGUGCAUGCAGUUGUAGUCCACAGAGAGAAGAAAUGGGUUAAUAAUUUUAGGUGUUAUAAAAGCGAUUUUUAUACAGCAGUAGGUUAGAUUUUUUUAAGAUGUCCGCUUUUGUUAAGAAGGGUGUUUUACUGGACUUCAGUCCGACGUGCAGUGUCCAUAAUGAAAUCAAUCCAGGCAAGGGUGCUGCUGUUACGAACUUCUCAUCUGGGGAUGCAAACAAGGAAAACAAGAGUGGUUCGUACCCCGUGUUAAGUCUUGUGCAGUUCUCAAGGGCUCCGUUUGUGAGUUUCGAGACCGUGAAGUUGGGAUCUUCUAAAGGAUCAGUCUUGGUUGUCGAAAAUCCAAAUCAAGAUGUGGCCGAAGUGAAAAUAGAUAAAUUUCCUUCUGCCAAAGGAUUUUCGGUGGAUCACAGGCAUUUCAUUCUUAAGGUAAUCUUGUCAAUAACAUGGACCCCUGUGGAGGAAGGAGGAGUCAGAGAACUAAUUACUUUUAUUGCAAAUGGUAUUGUAAAGCAUCAAGCUAUUUUGCUUGGAAGAGCAGAAGCACCCAAAAAGAAAAGAAAAAGUUUGUGGGACUCGAUAAAAACUAAGAGACCUUCAGAAUGUCCUGUCCCAGCUAAGGGAAGGAAAACUGAUUCUUCAUUAAAGAAGUCUGCCAACAAAACAUUCCAUGUUUCUCGAAAAGUGCAGUAUGUCAAGGAGAAGGGGCGAAGCCCACUUUCGUCAUACAGUAAUGCCCCGAUAGUUGGAAGUACUCUUAUGUCAAAUCCUGCUGAGAGUCGAUCAGGUCUUUCAGAAAAAGAGUCUUAUUACACACCUGGCUCCUUGCAAAAAUCUAAGACGUGUUCUGCACUGGACAAAUCAAAGAGUAAUGAUUCCUUCCUUGAUGACAAAUCUGUUCCUCUUCCCAGGCCUACUUUUCUGGUGUCUGAUUUUGAUCAUGUAGAAAGGUCUGACCAUAUAGAAACACGAACCUUUGAAUGUUCGUCUCUUGUUCCCAGUACUAGUGAUGUGAGAGUUGUCAGUGUACUGAAUAGGACACACUCUCCUGUUUAUACUCCAGAUCGUGUUGUAAACCCACUUACACCACGAAUCAACUCGAGACGAGCUCCAGACUCUUUUUUAAGAGAAGAUGCUCCUGAUGGAGGCCUCAAGUUUUCGCCAGUGACUCCAAUCCUAUCUGUUCAAGAUGCAUUGGCAAUUAUUCAAUCUGAUGUCACACAUGGAUGUGAGGAAGGUGAUGUCCUGCCUGCGAUGUGCUCAAGUUUUGAUUUUUCAGAUUCUUUGGAUUUGUUGACGGACACUGAGGGAUUUCUGUCUUCUAAACCUGCUGAACCACUAGCUCUUCCUGAGAUUUCUUCAGAUUUUGAGCCUGUCAAGGCAAGGUUAACCUUCUUUGUAAAAUCCAAAACUGUCCAUGAGCAUGAAUCGAAAGAUGAAACGAAGCACGCUCGGGUAACUACAAAAUCUAAGAAACACACAUUUUUAGCUGAAACCGUUACCAAGAGCAGAAGCUGUUCCUCCCAAGAGAGCAAACCUGAACAUGGGCGAAAAGCAAGUUCUAAACGGCUGCUUAUGGACAAAACAGUGGAAUUAAUAGAGGAUGAAUGUGUGAAGCCAGUUUCAAGAGUAUUCAAGGCUGUUAAAUUCCAAAGCCUUCCUGUCAUUGAUUCUGAUGUGAGUCUAGAAGCUCCAAAUGCUUCUGGCCAAUCUCAAUCCCCGUUGGUGGUUGUCCAGUCAAAUUUCUCUGCAGUUGUGUCUCACCAACAUCUUUCUCCAGUGUUGGCUCCACUUAGUUUGACUUCAAAUGUGGCUGAGGAGCCUGGUUUGUCUCCAAUAGUCCCAACCAGAACCAGUACUGUAAGAUCAAGUGUCAAAACCUCUUUGAAAACUACAAAGUCUGUAGCAGGAGUUGCACAGUCACAACUCACCUUCAUUAAACCAGUACAAACAGCAAUACCAAGACACCCAUUACCAUUUGCUGCCAAAAACAUGUUCUAUGAUGAGCGAUGGAUUGAAAAGCAAGAGCGAGGUUUCACAUGGUGGAUUAAUUACGUUCUCACACCUGAUGAUUUCAAAGUCAACACUGAAGUCUCAAAAGUCAGUGCCAUGUCCUUAGUGAUGGGAGUUGAGAAUCAACACAAAGUCAGUGUCCCCAAAGCACCAACUAAAGAGGAGAUGUCUUUCAAAGCAUAUACUGCCCGCUGUAGGCUAAAUCGCCUUCGUCGUGCUGCUUGUUGUCUUUUUACAUCCGAGUCAAUGGUCAAGGCCAUCCAGCGGCUAGAGCUCGAGAUUGAAGCUAAGAGGCUUCUGGUACGGAAGGACCGGCAUCUCUGGAAGGACAUAGGGGAACGCCAGAAGGUUCUGAAUUGGUUGCUGUCCUACAAUCCUCUUUGGCUGCGAAUAGGACUUGAGGUCAUUUAUGGGGAGCUUAUUUCUUUAGAGAGCAACAGUGAUGUCAUGGGUAUGGCGAUGUUUAUUCUUAAUCGCUUGCUUUGGAACCCUGAUAUUGCUGCGGAAUAUAGACACCCCAAAGUACCUCAUCUAUAUCGAGAUGGUCAUGAGGAAGCUCUGUCUCGUUUCACCUUGAAGAAGCUUCUUCUGUUGGUGUGUUUCCUUGACAAAGCAAAAGAGUCCAGGAUAAUUGAACACGAUCCUUGUUUGUUUUGCAUGGAUGCAGAAUUUAAGUCAAGCAAAGACCUCCUACUGGCAUUUUCAAGGGAUUUUCUAAGUGGAGAAGGAAUUCUUUCUCGCCAUCUUGGAUUCUUGGGCUUACCUGUCUCUCAUGUCCAAACUCCACUGGAUGAGUUCAGCUUUGCUGUGAAAAAACUGUCUGUUGACCUAAGAUGUGGAAUCCGCUUGGUGCGAGUUAUGGAGCUUUUUACACAGGACUGGAGCCUGUCACGUAAGCUCAGGGUGCCUGCCAUCAGUCGCCUUCAGAAGAUACACAAUGUUGAUGUUGCACUUCAGGUCCUCAAAGCAAGAGGAGUUGAUCUAAAUGACGAACAUGGUGAGUUUGUUGAGAACUUCACUGUCUCGUUCUCUGAUGGGCGAGUUCUUUGUUACCUCAUCCAUCACUAUCAUCCUUGCUAUUUACCUUUAAGUGCUGUUAGUAAGAGUACAACACAGACAGUAGAGUGUGGUCAGCGUGGAACAGUUGGACUAAAUAGUUCAACUAGUGACUCUGAGAGCUCCUUUGAUGUUUGGCCUGAAUCCCAAAAUGGCACCUCGACAUUGAUGCUUUUCAAAGAGCUCUUGGAAAAGGAGAGGAAGAAUUUCCAGUUGGUGAAUACAGCAGUGUCGUCCCUGGGAGGAGUGCCAGCAAUGAUAGAUCCUGCUGAUAUGUCUAAUACUAUUCCAAAUGAAAAGACGUUGUACAGAGCCAAUAAACUCUGUCAUCUGGAAAGGACAGAGUAUCAAAGGAAACGUGAUGCUUGUAUUUGUCUCCAAGCAGCUGUUAAAGGACACUUGCAGAGGAAACGUUUGGAUACUUGGAGAAUGUCUGCAACUAAAAUUCAGUCUUUUUUCAGAAUGUACAAGACAAGAAGUCUGUACCUAAAAAUGUGUAGUGCCACUGUCAUUAUUCAGAAACGCUUCAGGGUGUAUAGGGAAUGUGUCAGAUGCAGACACCAAUUUUUGGAAUUUAAAGCAGCAACCAUAUGUUUACAGGCAGCAUAUAGAGGCUAUAGUUUGCGCAAAAUGAUUAAAUACCAGAACAAAUCUGCAACUAUUAUCCAAACAGCAGUCCGAGCUCACAUUCACAGAAGAAGGUUUGUAGAAAUGAGGCAAGCUUCCGCUGUAAUUCAGAGGUGGUUUAGGGCUUUUAAAGAGAGGCAGAAGAUUAGAGAGACCUAUCUGAAUAUGCAAAGAGCAGCUCUUACUCUUCAGGCAGCUUAUCGUGGUCACAGAGUACGUAAGCAAAUGUUGAAACAUCAUCGAGCAGCAACAGUGUUUCAAGCAGCCUUUAGAAUGUUUGUGAUUCGCAAAGACUUCCUCCGUUUAAAGCAAGCAGCUGUGUCUGUACAGAAACGUUUCAGGGCUAAGAUAGCAGGCCAGAACCAGAAACGGAAAUAUCAGAAUCUUCGUAAGUCAGUAGUGAGACUUCAGGCAUUGUGGAGAGGGCAAACUGUCCGAAAACAAAUGAGAAAAUGGCAUGAUGCUGCUGUGGCAAUACAAUCACUUUACAGAACGCAUGUGGUGCAGUCUAUGUACAGAUCAAAGAAAAGGGCAGCUCUUGUAUUGCAGCGCCAAUACAGGGCUUACUAUUUAGGGAAGAAACAGCAUUAUCAGUAUGUGCAAAUCAGAAAAGCUGUGAUAGCUGUGCAGGCAGGGUUCCGUGGCAUGAAAGCUAGGAGAGAACUGAAAGAAAAACACAGAGCAGCUACUACAAUUCAGGCAGCAUUUAAAGCCUAUAGCUGUAAGAAAAAACUUGCGUCUUUCAAAAAGGCGGCGACUUUCAUCCAGCAAUGGUAUCGGGCAUGUUCUGUUGGCCGGCAUCAAUGUCAAGAAUUUAUUAAGCUAAAACAAGUGGCUGUGAAACUGCAGGCAGUUUAUCGAGGGUCCAAAGUAAGGAAAGACUUGAGAAACAUGUAUCAAGCAGCCACAGUCAUUCAAGCGAAUUUUCGAAUGUACAAAGCAAGAAUUGUUUACCGUGCAAUGAAAUUGGCAGCAACCAUCAUACAGCAGCAUUACAAAGCCUGUGCAAGAAGAAAUCGGGAACGUAAAAAAUAUCUGUUACUGAAAAGCUCUGCUGUUGUUAUACAGUCAGCGUACAGAGGUAUGAAAACUCGCCUGCAAAUUCAGAAAAUGCACAGAGCAGCAACCGUGAUUCAAGCAACUUACCGGAAGCACAAACAACAUAUCAUGUUUAGAAGGUUUUGCUGGGCAGCAAGUGUUAUACAGCAACGAUACAAAGCCCAUAAAAUCAGAAAUAUUGAAGUUAAAAAAUACAGAGCAAAGAAGAACGCAGCUGUUGUCAUUCAGUCAGCUUUCCGUGGCUUUAAAUCUAGACGGCAAGUUAUGGAAAUGCACAAAGCUGCAACCAUUAUCCAAAGGACAUUUAGGACUUACUGUGAGCGCCGACGGUUUCUUUCACUUAAAGCAGCUUCUGUUGUAAUUCAGCAGAAAUAUCGAGCUACUGUUGCUGCAAAAACAGAUCGAAAAGUCUAUCUGAUGCACCGUUGUGCCAUUGUUGCCUUACAGUCUGCCUACAGAGGUAUGAAGGACAGAAGAACGAUCAGAAAGAUGCAUCAGGCGGCCACCGUAAUUCAAGCUGCAUUCAGAAUGCACCGAGCUAGAAUACCAUUCCAAGCAAUGAAGCUUGCAGCCACCUUAAUACAAAAGUAUUACAGGGCAUAUGUAAAUGGCAAAAAUGAAAGACAAGCAUUUAUAAAGCUUCGAAACAGUGCGGUACUGAUACAAGGAGCUUACAGAGGUAUGAAGGAGCGACGACAGUUACAGGCAAAAUGCAAAGCUGCUGUAGUUAUUCAAGCCAAAUUUAGAAUGCACUUGCAUAAGUCUUAUUACAAGAGGCUGCAGUGGGCUGCUCAGUUUGUGCAACAGCGAUACAGAGCAAACAAAAUAAGGGAGACUGCAAUGGAAAUGCUCAAGUCAAAGAAGCACGCUGCAAUUUUGAUUCAGUCCGCUUUUCGUGGCAUGAAGUCCAGACAAUGUGUUAAAGACAUGCACAAAGCUGCCAGUAUUAUUCAGAGUAGUUUUAAAGCGUACAGAGAACGCAAGAGGUAUCUUUCUGUUAAAUUGUCUGUCCUUGCAGUUCAGCAAAGGUAUCGUGCCACAGUAGCUGCAAAGCGACAGAAAGAGCACUACAGUUCUUUGCGUCAUGCAACCUUAACCAUACAAGCUGCUUAUAGAGGUUUUAGAACAAGAAAGGAAAUUCGUCAAAAACAUUUGGCAGCGACAGUGAUCCAGGCUGCAUUCAGAAGUCACAGGGAAACCGUGAAAUUCCAGGCAAUGAAAAUGUCCUCUCUCAUAAUUCAGAAGCAUUACAAAGCUUACAUUCAAGGUAGAAAGGAUAGAGAGAAAUAUUUAAAAUUAAGAUUGGCUGUCGUGACCAUUCAAGCAAUGUUCAGGGGUAAAAGGGUUAGACAGAAUGUAGCAGAAAUGCAGAAAGCUGCAAGUACUGUACAAGCCAGUUACCGAAUGUAUAGACAAAGGAUGGCUUUCAAGAGGAUGAGAUGGGCAGCCAGUGUACUCCAGCAAAGAUUCAGGGCUCAUAGAGUAAGAAAUUCUGAGAUGCUCCGUUAUCAAAGCAUAAGGAAGGCAGUGGUGUGCAUCCAGGCUGCAUUCCGUGCCCAAAGAGCAAGGAAGCUGGUUAAACAAGUUGGAGCUGCCCGAAAAAUUCAAUCCGUUUUAAAGAUGUUUCUGAGGCGACGUCAUUUCUUAAAGCAGAAGGCUGCCUCUGUUGUAAUUCAGUCUGUAUACAGGAGCUACAGAGCAAGAGUCUCUUAUACAGCCAUGCGGGUCUCUGCAGUAGUAAUCCAAAGGUGGUACAGGUCCUGCAGAGUUGCUCAGAAACAACAAGCCAAGUAUCAUGCAGUGAAGCAAGGAGCACUUACAUUGCAGUCUGCUUAUCGAGGGAUGGUUGCAAGAAAGUUCCUAAAACAUAAGCGAGCUGCAGUCAAGGUUCAGUCUGUGCUCCACAUGGUUAUGUAUCGUAGGAGAUUUUUAAAACUUCGAUCAGCUACAGUUAGAUUACAAGCUUCAUUUAGAGCUUAUGCAGCUAUGAAACAGUUCAGACGGUACAGAAUGGCAACCCUAACUAUUCAGAAGCAUUACAAGGCCCACAAAGCAAAGAAAGCACAGAGAUCCACUUACCUGAAGACUUUGGAAAGUAUCCGAAAGCUUCAAUCAAGAGUGCGUGGAUACCUUGAGUACAGGAGAUUCCAAAGGAUCAAGAAGAGUACAGUAACUAUCCAGAUCAGAGUGCUGACACUUAAUAUUGGUGGGAUUUCUCCUAAUAGAUACCUGAAGAUCUGCCAGAGUGUACGCAUUAUUCAGAAAAGGUGGAGAGAAACCCUUUAUGCAAGGAAAGAGCACCACAAUUUCCUAAAAAUGAAAUCAUCUUCAAUCAAGAUUCAGGCUACGUGGAAAGGAUACUGUACAAGGAAAAAGCUUUUGAGGGAAAAGAGAAUGAAACGGGCUGCUAUCACCCUGCAAGCCUUCUGUCGUGGCUGGCUUGUGAGAAAAAGGAUUGCAGAGGAGAAGGAAGUCAAAAGGAGACUACGCUUCUCAGCAGCCGUGUAUCAUCAUCUUUGUGCUAUGAAGAUACAGCGAAGGCUAAGAGCUUAUUUGGCCCUGAAGUCUGCAAAGCAGCAAAUGCAUUCUGUGAUUUCUUUACAGAGGUGGAUUAGAUCUAAGCUACAGAGGAAAAGAUAUCUUGAGGAGAGGGAAAAAAUGAUAAAGGUUCAGCGAGCAGUCAGAGCAUGGCUCCAUCGGCGAAAUGAAGCUGCCACUGUCAUUCAACAAGCAGUGAAAAGAUUCUUGUUCAAGAGACGACAGCAAAGGGCACAGCGUGGGAUUAUAAAGUUCCAGGCCUUGUGGAGAGGGUUCCGUUCACGAAAGAAGAGCGAUACUUCUGAAAUUGUUGCCAUGAGAUGUCGAUUCGAAAGUGUAAAUCAAGGCGUCAGAGAAGAAGAUAAGCUUUGGAACAAGACAACGAUUGCAAUUGACUACCUUUUAAAAUACAAGCACUUUUCAUAUAUUCUUGCAGCUUUGAAACACCUAGAAACUGCAACAAGGCUUUCAUCAAAGUGUUGUGAACAUCUUGUGAACAGUGGAGCAACAUUAACUAUUUUCACUCUGAUCAGGAGCUGCAAUCGAAGUGUCCCUUGUAUGGAAGUAAUCACUUAUGCUGUCCAAGUUCUCCUGAAUUUGUCAAAGUAUGAUAAAACAACGGAUGCAGUGUAUGAUGUGGACCAUUCCAUUGACACAUUGUUAGACCUCCUGCAGAUCUACAGAGACAAAGCAGGAGACAAAGUGGCAGAUAAAGGAGGAAGCAUUUUCGCCAAAACCUGUUUCCUUUUAGUCAUCCUGCUGCAAAACACACAGCGGGCUGUGGAGGUCCGUAAUCUUCCUAAAGCAGUGGACCGUAUUUGCAGCAUUUAUCGGCUUACUGCUCGGAAGCACAAGAUGGAUGCUGCAAGGACCCUUACUAGACAGAAGAUGAAUGUUUCACUCAAUGGAAGCUUCUUUUCCCAAGUAACUCCCCAUAAGACAAAGGCAAUUCCUAGAAUUGCUCCUGACUGGGUCUUAAGAAAAGACAACAUGAAAGAAGUAGUGGAUCCUCUUCAAGCAAUUCAGAUGGUUGCAGAUGCUCUUGCUAUAGUGCCUUAGAAAACUGAAUAAGCGAUUUAAAGAAAAAGCAAAACUAUGUAAAUGAAAUUUCAGACCUUCCUUUCAGACCAGACCUUUUUAACAAAGAUGAAACUAUUUUGUGCAAUGUUUCAUUAAAGAGGUUAGUUUAGAUCAAACAUCCUGUGUUAGAGCUUUACAAAGAUGUAAGUAGAAGUUUUUUAUCCAGUUUCUCCUACAGUAUGUGCCUUUUAGUUUUAUGUGGACUUUAUGCUUUCAUAAACUUAAAACCUGUAUUUAAUUAUUUUAAAAAACACAUUGUACAUAAUUCAAACAUUGUACAUUGUUGUUUUUCAUUUCUAAAAUACAGACAUCGAAUUUUGGAAACCCUU